AUGUCAGGUUCCAUACGAACCCACCUGCUGGGCACGGGGUUUGAAACUACAGACAGAUAUACAACUCAUCGGAAUUGGUGUCCACGGGCUCGUUUGGUAAUAAUACCCCAUGCAGCUGGAUCUUUUGUCCAUUGGCUCUCGAGAAAAUGGCUGGGGCUCACAGUAUAUGCUUUACCCAGCUCCGCAAAAGACAAGGUCACUUCUCACACCGUCGCUAUCAAGAAAAUAGCGCAGCCAUUCAGCAGGCGCGAAGUAGCCAAGCGUACGUAUCGCGAAAUCAAGUUACUCAAGCAGCUAAUGCAUGAAAACGUUAGUCGCACAAAGGUCAGAAACUCGACAGUCACUAAUAUAGUACAGAUCAUAUCCCUCAAUGAUAUUUUUAUCUCCCCUCGAGAAGAUAUGCAAGUAUUGAUUUAUAUUGUGACAGAAUUUCUAGUCACUGAUCUUCAGACACUGCUCAGUGUACGGCCACUCGAAGAGCGCUUCACGAAAUACUUCCUAUACCAAAUCAUGCGAGGAUUGAAAUAUGUUCAUUCUGCGGGCAUAAUCCAUCGAGAUCUCAAACCCAGCAACCCCCUUGUGAACGAAGAUUGCGACUUAAAGAUAUGUAAUUUUGGGCUUGCUCGUCCUUAUGAGCAUCAGAUGACAGGUUAUGUCACUACAAGAUACUACCGCGCACCAGAGGUCAUGCUAUUAUGGCAAAGCUACGGCAAAGAGGUUGAUAUAUGGAGCGCUGGCUGUAUCAUGGGAGAAAUGCUACAGGGGAAACCUCUUUUCCCUGGCGUUGACCAUGUGGACCAAUUCCGUGUUAUAGUCAAUUCUCGCGGUACGCCGCCAGAUGACGUGUUGGAUCAAAUACCAAGCCGGAAUACCCAGGAUUUUGUUCGGUCGCUUCCUAAAUGCGAACGGCAGAACUUGUCUUACCUUUCCAACAUUACUCCGGAAGGGGUUGAAUUACUGGAGAGAAUGCUCGCUUUCAAUCCAAGGGAAAGAAUCAGUGCCGAUGAAACGUUGCUACAUGAAUAUUUGGCUGCAUACCAUGAUCCAACAGAUGAGCCCACGUCAAAGGAGACCUUUGAUUGGCCACUUAGCGGCUAUCAAAAUGAUCCCGAGACAUGGAAGAUGAUGGUUCACUGGGAGAUUCUCGACUUCCAUUUUGUAGAACAGUCAAUGGAAAACUCGCUCUUUUACGCCAUCACGGAUGAUAGCUCAAGUGCCUAG